CUCGAGAAGGACCUGAGAAGGCUUUUGCUGUUCCGUGGAUAGCGCUCUCCAUCGCAUCAUCGCAUCUGUGUCCAUUGCACCCUUUAUCGCAUUCAUUUAUAUCUUCUCGCCUUCCCGCCGCAAUGGCUGAGUCAUUCACCCUCCGUGACUUCAUCACCCUGGGUGGCCUGGCAGGUAUCCACACACAGCGAACGAAGCGCUCACCGUCACAUCCCACACACAGAGAGGAAGAGAGAGAUAGAUCUGCAUUCUUGCAUGUGCUGUGCUUGAGCGAUGGUGGAUGCUUGUGUGUGUGUGUGUCUGUCUGUCUGUCUGCUUUAGGUCUGAUGCUGAUGGUGCUUUUCCAGAACAUGGCCAUCACCGACCUCAGAAGAUCCCUCCAGCAGCAGGGGAAUGUUGAUCUGCCGGCCGCACACCCACAUGUAAGCACCCAACAGGUGGAAACCGCACAAGGACUCUCACCCACUCUCUGGUUGGUUGUCUGUGCUGCAGGUGCGCCGCCUUCAGGUCAACGAAACCGCGGCUGGUGUCGCAAACGAGACGGCCGAGGGCUCAGAGUUUCCCGUGCGCGACGCCGUCAAGGAGCAGUGCCCCGUCCUCUAUGACACCGUCAAGCUCGCCCUGCGCGAAGAUCUCACCAACGAGUUGGGCUACGAGGCCGACGACGAGACGGGCGUGCUCAGGACGAUUGAUGGCGAAGACGGGACGGUGGUGCAGGUCAAGGAGUACUACGACGCCAUUGGCAUGUUCGAUUUGCUCACAGCGCCGCUCGACGACCUUUACAAGGUGAGAAGUAGCACACACACACACACACACACACACACAAACAGAGAGAGAGGGAGAGAGAGGGCGAGAGGGCGAGGGUCAUGUGUGUGUGGUUGGUGUGGUCAGAUGGACACGCUGUAUUUGACGUUUGGCGAGGACGAUCGCUUCGAGAAGCUCUACACGGUCGAGGAGGUCACGCGGGACCUGGUCGACCCUCUCGUCGAGAUCCGAUUCCACGGCGGCGACAUGCUCCGCAUGGUCCCUGAGGUAAAGAAACCCGACACGGUACCCAUCCACCCCAUAGCACCCUGCUCACGUGUCUGUGUCCGCUAUCGAGUCCAGGGUGCCAACCUUUACGACAAGGACGACAUGGAAAUCCCCAUCGCCGUGUUUGCGGGCCCCGAGUACGACCCCGAGAGCGACCUCCUGAUCACUGUGGACGAGUACCUCAACAGCACGGCCGCGGCCGGGACAAACGCCACUGACGGCGACUCGACACGCAGACUGCAGUAAGGGACGGACGGAGGAAACGGACGGAGUGCGUGUGUGCAUGUUGGGCGUGUGUGUGUGUGUGUGUGUGUGUCUCAGGCUGUCACGUUCGUUCGGCUCGACCCGUGGUCAGGUGGGCAAUCAGGUCUUCUUCAACACCGGCUCUUACACCUCACGUGAGCAUACGGGGCGGCCGGCCGGGAGCACAAGACAGACAGACAGACAGACAGACAGACAAGGACGAUGGCAACGUGUGUGUGCGUGUGUGCGUGUAGGCCGCUCACUGGGCCCGGUGACGAAUUUCAGAGCUCAGCGGUUCCAGGCCAUGGCGUCGGGCGGGUAAGGCCGGGCCGGCAGAGAGAGGGAUCUGCACUGCAGACCACACAAAUGGAAUGACACGUGGGCACCUCUGUGUGUGUGGUGUGUGCAGUCGCUGCCGUGGCACAGCUGGCCAGUGCAGAGGGACCGGGCGAUAGACACGCGUGAAUUGCAGUCGGUGUCUCGUCCGUCGUGCGCCUGUUCUUUUCUCUCGCCUUGGUUCCUUUUCGGUUGGUUGGCCUCCUCUUCUCAAUCUCACCUCCCUUCCUCUCCCUCCUCUCUGUCUCUGUUUUGCAUGGAUGGCGUCUUCUGUCGCGCAUUUACGUGUGCGCCUUCUAGAAGAUUCCAUCCACUCAGACAAAGGCCGAGAGAUGGAUGGAUGGUUGCAUGUCAGAGUCUAGCCUCUCUCUUGUCCCAGUACGUGUACGUUUGUAUGCAUGUGUGUGUGUGUCUGUGUGUAACCAGCUAGCUAUGAAAGUGAUGGUAGAGAUAGGCAAACCAAACGGGGUUUUAUGGGCCCUUCCUUCGGUGCGUGGCUUGUGGCGGCUUGGUAGCGGCAGCCAGGUUGCGUUUUUUGUGGCUGUGGUGAUCGUGCUUUAUGUGAGUGCAUCGAUCGCCGCAACCAUCGAUGUGGGUGGGGAUGGGACAUUCAUGCGUUUGACAUGCAUCGUAUACAACACGAUGAUGAUUAACGUCCGUGUUCCGCUCUGUCAAACCCCAGCCGGGUGUGCAUACACUUAUUCAUGUGUCUGUGUUUCAUUGGCCAACGAGUGGAUGUCUGCUCAUCACCGAGCAGACCUGUGUCUGGUGUGAGAGAUAGGGGUGUGUCCGUGUGUGCGAAUGCAUGCGCGAGGGGCGGCUGG